AUGUUGAAGGCCACGCCCACUGUCGCCCCACCACCCCCCCAGCCGUCUCAGCCCCCAUUGCCCCGCACUUCCUCUUUGACUUACUCCUCUCCUCCCCCACCAGUUACCCCGAGCUCAGGCGUCCUCCCUUCCGCUCCCCGUGACGUGGCCCCUGUCCUAGUGUCCAGCCGAUUCGUGCGCCUCGGGUGGCGGCCCCCGGAGGAUCCGCGGGGGAACAUCGUGACGUACGGAGUCUUCUUCUCUGAGGAGGGAAUCAACAGGGAACGCUCCAUUAACUGCAGUGAAGCGGAGAGUCUGCAGAUGACGGUGAAUAAUCUGAAGCCCGAGGCCACGUACUCCUUCAGAGUUGCUGCCUACAAUGAGCACGGAGCAGGAGAAAGCUCCGAGUCCAUCAGACUGUCAACACAAGCUGAACUGCUGGUUCCUGGUCUGGUUGAGAACCUGCGGGCAGAAGCGAUUUCUCCCACCUGCAUUCAGGCCUCGUGGGAUCCCCCGGCUCAUGCCAACGGCCCCAUCCAAAGCUACCGCCUCCUCUGGACCGAGACAUCAACCGGUAAAGAGCAGAACGUGGAAGUUGUCGGUCAGAGCUACAGAAUGGAGGGGCUGAAGAAGUUCACCGAAUAUUCUUUAAGAGUUCUGGCAGUAAACCGACACGGGCCGGGAAUCUCCAACGAAGAUAUGCUCAUCACGACCCUGUCAGACGUGCCGAGCGCUCCGCCACAGAACAUCUCACUGGAGGUGGUUUACUCACGGAGCAUUAAGGUGAGCUGGCAGCCGCCGCCUGCACACGCUCAGAACGGCUUCAUCACCGGAUAUAAGAUCCGACACCGCAAAACCGGCCGGCGAGGAGAACAAGAGGCGCUGGAACCCAAUAACCUGUGGUACCUGUUUACAGGGUUAGAGAAAGGAAGUCAAUACAGCUUCCAGGUGGCGGCCAUGACGGUUAACGGCACCGGACCCAGCAGUGAAUGGUACACGGCCGAGACGCCAGAGAACGACCUUGAUGAAACUCAAGUUCCCAAUCAGCCGAGUUCUCUUCACGUGCGUCCGCUGCCCAACAGCAUCAUCAUGAGCUGGACCCCCCCGCUGAACCCCAACAUCUUAGUGCGGGGUUACAUCAUUGGUUAUGGAGUGGGCAGCCCGUACGCUGACACUGUGAGAGUGGACAGUAAACAACGCUAUUACUCCAUUGAGAACUUAGAGCCCAGCUCACAUUACGUCAUUUCUCUGAAGGCCUUUAAUAACGCUGGUGAAGGAGUUCCUCUGUAUGAAAGCGCCGUCACGAGAUCUAUGACAGACCCCUCAGAUCCAUCAGACGAUGAUUUGUUCCAUCUGUUUGACAAAUUCCCUACCCCCAUCCCAGAUACCUCCACUCCCAUGAUUCCUCCUGUAGGUGUGCAGGCGGUGGCGCUCACCUCAGACUCGGUGCGGGUCAGUUGGGCUGAUAACUCCAUCCCCAAAAACCAGAAAUCCUCCGAGGUGCGCUACUAUUCUGUCAAGUGGAAGACCAGUCACUCCACCAGCGGAAAAUACAAGUCGGCCGACACUACAGCACUGAGUCAUACGGUCACGGGUCUGAAGCCCAACACCAUGUAUGAGUUCUCAGUGAUGGUCACUAAAGGACGGAAGUCCAGCACGUGGAGUAUGAAGGCACACGCCACCACAUAUGAAGCAGCUCCAAGCUCCGCCCCGAAGGAUCUGACUGUGAUUGGCCGAGAGGGACGGCCGAGAGCUAUUCUCAUCAGCUGGCAGCCGCCGCUGGAGGCAAACGGACGAAUCACAGGCUAUAUUCUGUACUACACACUGGAUAAGAACAUGGCUAUAGACGACUGGGUGAUGGAGUCCAUCAGUGGAGACAGACUCACACAUCAGGUCAUGGAUCUCAAUCUGGACACCAUCUACUACUUCCGCAUUCAAGCCAAGAACGCUAAAGGAGUGGGACCGCUGUCAGAGCCCGUACAGUACAAAACAUCCAAAGUUGAGUAUCCUGACAAGAUGGCCAAUGAUCAAGGUCGCCAUGGAGACAGUGGAUACUGGCCGUCUGACAAUAACCUGAUUGACAUGAGCAGUUUGAACGAGCCUCCUAUUGGUCAGAUGCGUCCUCCACACGGCAGCGUGACCCCUCAGAAGAACAGUAACCUGCUGGUCAUCAUCGUGGCUUCCGUGGGAGCCGUUACCGUGGUAUUGGUGGUCAUCGUUGCCCUGAUCUGCACUCGCCGCUCAUCCGCAGAGCAGAGGAAGAAGCGUGCGACUCACAGCGCAGGGAAGAGGAAGGGCAGUCAGAAAGACCUGAGACCUCCCGAUCUCUGGAUUCAUCACGAGGAGAUGGAGAUGAAGAACAUGGAAAAACCCUCGAGCUCCGCCCCCUCCGGCCGUGAGUCGCCCAUCCAGAGCUGUCAGGAGAUCGCCCCCGUCAGUCACAGCCAAUCAGAGAGUCAGAUGGGCAGUAAGAGCAGUCACUCGGGCGCAGACGGUGAUGAGACGUCCAGCUGCAUUUCCACAUUAGAGCGAUCGCUGGCUGCUCGAAGAGCCACACGCACCAAAAUGAUGAUUCCCAUGGACUCUCAACCCAGCAACACACCGGUGGUGAGCGCCAUCCCAGUGCCCACGCUGGAGAGCAGUCAGUACCCGGGAAUCUUACCCUCGCCCGGUUACAGCACUCACCCUAAAUUCAGCCUGCGACCCAUGCCUUUCUCCACACUCACUGUGGACCGCACGUACCCUACAGCUCUUUCAGCGGAAGGCGUCGCUCCGAUGCCCUCACAGCAACAACAGCCUCUGAUUCCCACAGUACAGUCGGAGCCAGCGGUGUCAGAGGAGAUUCCCAGCCGAACCAUUCCCACCGCCUGUGUACGACCCACUCACCCACUGCGCAGCUUCACAAACCCACUGCUGCCUCCACCCAUGAGCACCAUUGAUCCCAAAGUCUACACUCCCAUGAUGCCUCAGACAGGUGGCAGUUUAUCUAAAGCACAGGUGAAGACAGCAUCACUGGGGCAGGCUGGGAAAGCGAGGUCUCCGCUGUUACCUGUGUCUGUGCCGACGGCACCGGAGACGACUGAGGGCGGACAGAAUCAUCCGGACGACCCGGCGAGUGUGUAUGAGCAGGAUGAUCUGAGCGAGCAGAUGGCCAGUCUGGAGGGUUUGAUGAAGCAGCUCAACGCCAUCACAGGUUCAGCUUUUUAACACACACACACGCACGCACACACACACACACAGACAGACCCCCAGCGACAGAGCAGAAGAAGCCAACACCUCCAAACUCUCAGACUGUCCGGUGUUGAUGUCUUCUGUCAAUCAUCCCCUGAAACGCAGCCAAACAGGGAACAGCGGCACCAGCGGCCGCCGCCGCGUCGGAAACCCUCUCUUUUCGGACGUCCAUCGAGUGGUUUUUUCUCACAGAUGUCAUCAGCACGUGUGCGGGGACCACCAGAGAAUCGCUCAUUUCGAAAGAUUUCAUGUGUUUGGUGGCCACGGCCUCAACGCAUCGCUCACACCAAACUCGUCUUUGACAUCUGCCAAGAUUUCUUCAGUCUCACGUCACGCCUGGAUGAGGUCACGCCUCGGUUCAUCAGUGGUUUUCAUCAUCUUCUGUUGCAGGUUUUCUUCACUUUGUUUGUAGACGCGUGUCGCCAAGCUCGAAACUCACUUUACUACACCGACAGAUAUAGUAUAAAGUCUAUUUUUACAUCCGUGAUGUGACGCUCCUGAACGCCUGCAGGUGAAAGACUCAAAGUGUUGUGGUCCAGGGUCACGUGCUCUUACUGUGGUAAACAUGGUCAAAUCUUACAGACUGAAUCCUUCGACGCGCUGCUUUGUCCAAAUCACUAUAUUAGUUUUCACCCCUCUUGUCUUUUCUGUUACGUGAGCAAAAGAGACAUUUUUAUGUGCCUAUAUAUUUUUUGGGUCACUUUAUUUAUUUGCCGUGUGAAAUGUUUAUUUGUGUUGAAUGAGCCCAAGAGAAACAAACACAGGUCGGAGCGAGCGUCUCGUGCCGUGAAGAUGAACAGACCUCCCUAUAUUUGAUACACUUCUUGUGUGCCGUACAUGUGUGUUACCAUGACGACCAGAUCCCUGUAGCAACACGCGUUUUUUACUGUACAGAGCAGUUGAUGGACUGACUGCGGGUGGGACGGGUCGGGGGGGUUUUUACUGAUAUAUUUCAUAUGAUUUAGAGUGAACGCAUCCAGAGCUUUGAUUUCACGCCGUAGGAAAAUAAAGAGUUCUGGAUCAACCUCCAGAGUCUGAGCGUGUGUUGAAAAUCUAAACAAUCCGCUUGUGUUAUGAAUUCGUCUAAAUGACAUACAUUGACUGUUUUUACUUUAGAAGUGGCUGUAUUCCGUCCUCUUCUUCUGUUUGUGGUUUUCAAAGUGAAGAAUUAUUCUUGAGUUGACUCGUGUGGUUUCUGAAUCAGUUCCACAGAACUGAGCGAGUGAAUGACCUAUAAUAUAUUUCAGGAUCAUGUCUGUGGCAUUAAUGACUGACACGUGAAUGAACGAAUGACACAGAAAGACUCGCAGGUUUGUUUUAUGGAGUCAAUAGAGUUUUAGCUCCUAGAGGAUGAUGAAGAUCAGCACACUGUUGAUGGUAGUUUGGCUCUUAUAUCAGAUGAAGAAUAAUGCGGAUGUGUCUUUUGACUUGAAUCCUAAAAGUGUCCAAUUUUAGCAUUGUUAACCAAAUCAGAGUAGUCAUUGAAAUACAAGAGCGACACUUUCUACCCCCGAUGUUGUAAUACAAUUGCUGGUUUUGUAAUGCACUGUAGAACAGUCCAAUGUUCCUUUUUAUAGAGAAAUGUUCUUUGAGCGGUGCAUUCUUUUUCUUUGAUAAAUAAAGGUUUUGAUAACAAACAGCGUGUUUGUGUUUGAUUUUCUUUUCUAGAUCUCCCUCGGACUGCCCGUGGGGUUUG